CUUUAUCAGUGACCACCACAACGCGUCAACUUCGUGUCCUUCAAAGACUUUGAUCACAUCCGCGGAUACAAAACCAACCUUUAAAAAAGUUGCUAUGAUCAUAACUUUCUUCUCUGACGCAUUAUUGUAAAAACCACCGGUGCCAUUUGGCAUUAAUAAUAUCAUCCCGGUGCGCUGCUCCGGCAAACUAGCUAUAAUGAUUAUGCUAGCAGAGAAGUGACGGUGAGAAUUUAGUUAGCAUCAGUUCUUCUCUCGCAUCAUGUUCCCAUCCACCAUGGAAGCAGUUUACUAUCACGGAGCCAACAACUUGGAUAUCAUAACUACCCCGAUUCCUCAGAUUAAAGAAGACGAGGUCUUGAUCAAGAUUGCAUGCUGCGGAGUAUGUGGUACUGAUCAUCAUAUCAGUCAAGGAGAGUUCAUCACCAAGUUUCCACUCACGCCCGGUCACGAAAUGGUCGGAAGGAUUGCUAAGGUUGGCCAAUCAGUGAAGGGCUUUGCGGAAGGAGAUCGAGUCGUAGCUGAUCCUGGAAUCACUUGCGGCAACUGCUUCUACUGUCGCCGGGGUACAUCCUUGUUGUGCGAAAACUUUGAAUCUUUGGGAUGCACCGUCGCAGGUGGCUUCGCAGAAUACGCUGUUGCUCAUCAAAAGAAAGUCUACAAGAUUUUUAACCUUACUGAUGAGGAGGCUACUCUCAUCGAGCCUGCAUCUUGUGCCAUUCAUGGUGCUGAUAAACUGAAUCUUCCAGUUGGAUCGGAAGUUCUGAUUAUCGGGUCAGGACCGACGGGCCUGAUCCUCUCUCAAUUACUCAAGAUCGACGGCGCUUCCAAAGUCGUCCUCGUAGCCAAUAAAGGCAUCAAGACUCGCAUCGCCAAAGAGCUCGGAGCAGCUGAUGAGUAUAUCGAAUUGGACCGCGAGAAUCCCCAAGCGCAGUGGGACAAGAUCAAAGUUGAUUACCCUUACGGGUUUAAUGCAGUAAUCGAAGCUACUGGAUCAGAGAAGGUUGCCAAUGAUGCGAUCAACUAUGUUCGACGGGGCGGCACUCUAAUGGUUUACGGAGUCUAUGCUAAUGCUGAUCGCGUUCACUGGCCACCAUCUAAAAUCUUUAGAAAUGAAAUUCGCAUUAUCGGAUCUUUCGCCCAAACGUAUUGCUUUCCUCGCGCUGUGGCUUACUUGGAUAGUGGGAAGAUUAAUGUGAAAGGGAUGGUGACGGAUGCCUUCGAGAUCAAAGAUUUCCAGAAGGCGCUUGAUAAGAUGAAUAGCAAGGAAGCUCUGAAAGUAAUCAUUAAGCCUGCUCAAAAAUAGGAUGUAGGUUAGUGGAUAUGUGUAUCUACCAUUCUCUUUGAUUAAUAGUGCUUGGCAUCGCUGGUGUCGGUAUAUUGGAGUCGGGCGGUGAUUACUCUUCUCAAGAUCAUAAUUUUUUUGUGGUACUGCUAAGUUUAGGCAACCUGCCUUUCUGGAAGCGCGCACCAUUCUUCGAGAAA